AGGUUGUUUCGUCAUGCCGUGUGUACCCUAAAAAAAUCAGGCUGUGAGAGAGUGGCAAAAACGUCGUGGGCACCUUUGCUACUCCACCUUUCAUGGUCACUACAAGAAAACACGGCUCUCAUCAACUGGAUCUCUCUGGAAAAAGAGCAUUCUUCUUCAUUAUAUCUCACAAGUCUCCACCAUGGAGCUUGAGCAUUUAAACUACCUUUUCCUUUGAAAGGGCAUUUGCUUAACCCAGAAAUGCAAGAAGAACAUGGAUAACAGUAAUAACUGUAGGUGAUUUUUUAUGAUUAACUCAGAUGUCAUAGAUUGGCGUAUUAAAACCAUUUAAUGAGUACUGGUGCACCACCCUUAUACGAAAUUCUGACCUGGCACCGAAAGAAGGAAAGUUAAUGUCCAAUGGAAGGAUUCCGAGGCCCACAUCCACCAGCUGGUGUUCCCGAACCUGCUGUUUCUCUUUGCAAUGGAAGGCUUAAUUUAGAUGGGUAUGGCAAUCGUGGGUCUAGCUUUCCAGGCCUAAAGAAGAGAGGUCAUGCUCUUGGAAAUCGUUCAUGGAUAAAGAUUGAUAAGGAUGGGAACUCAAAGAUUUUGGAGCUUGACAAGGUCACUAUAAUGAGACACUGUUCUUUGCCUUCCAGGGAUCUGCGCCUUUUGGACCCCCUUUUUAUUUACCCUUCCACAAUUUUAGGACGGGAGAAGGCUAUUGUGGUCAGUCUUGAACAAAUUAGAUGUAUAAUUACAGCAGAUGAGGUUAUCCUGAUGAAUUCCCUGGAUGGAUGUGUUGUCCGGUACAUGUCAGAAUUCUGCAAACGUCUUCAGACAAAUCGAGAACAAGCGGAUGAUUUGCCGUUUGAAUUCAGAGCUCUGGAAUUGACUUUGGAACUAACUUGCACAUCUCUUGAUGCUCAGGUAAAAGAAUUGGAAUUGGAGGUAUAUCCAGCAUUGGAUGAACUAGCAACAUCUAUUAAUACUCUUAAUCUGGAACGUGUCCGUAGACUCAAGGGCCACCUCCUUGCAUUGACUCAGCGAGUUCAGAAGGUCCAUGAUGAGAUAGAACAUCUCAUGGAUGAUGAUGGUGACAUGGCCGAGAUGCAUCUUACAAAGAAAAAACAAAGGUUGGAAGCUUAUGCUUUAGGUGAUAUAUAUUUUCAAAAUGAUUUCCCAGCUGAGACCAGAGUGGUUUCAAAAUCUGCACCUGGUUCACCAGUGAGGUCAAUUAUUGGAGCCCAGAAAUUGCAGAGAGCAUUUAGCAAUACAAGUCCAAGCAAACAUGGAAGCUUGAUGAGUUCAUCCAGUAACGGCGAGAAUAUUGAUGAACUUGAAAUGUUACUUGAAGCCUACUUUGUUGCUAUUGACAACACUCAAAGCAAGUUGUUCACGCUCAAAGAAUACAUAGAUGAUACUGAAGAUUUGAUCAAUAUCAAACUGGGAAAUGUUCAGAACCAAUUGAUUCAAUUUGAGUUGCUUCUUACUGCAGCUACCUUUGUGGCUACAAUAUUUGCUGUUGUGACAGGAAUAUUUGGGAUGAACUUUGUAGCCUCAAUUUUUGAUUUACCAUCUGCAUUUAAUUGGGUUCUGAUUAUAACUGGUCUUGCUUGUGUGUUCUUGUAUUUCUCUUUCUUGUUUUAUUUUAGAUACAAGAAAGUCUUUCCAUCGUAAACUUCAUUGUAGAGUAAGCUGCUCCAAUGAAGACAAACACUUGAUUUGUUUUGUAGAAACCCAUUAUUCAAUUUGAUUUUCCUCUCUCUCUGGGGUCAAUUGAUGCUCUUCCAAGAUUGCAGGGCCUUGCUCUAUAUGUUUACAUGCAUCGCACGAGGUUAUCUAUCAAAUCUAUCAAGGCAUGUGCAAGUUCAUGCUCAAGUCCAUAGUUUUGGAGGUUCUUAUAAAUGUGAUACAAGGAUCCAGUCUUCUGGCAGUUUGGCUUCACUUGCCCUAUAAAGGCAAGCAUCUGGCCAUGGAAAAGCAGUGUGCCGUCUGUAAGUGGCUUUGUUAUGUCGUUUGAUCUGAAGAUCAUUUAUGCUUAUUCUGUAAUUUGAUAAUGUAUCAAGGCCCGUGCUUGUUACAGCACAGGCUUUACCUUCAGGUAAACCUUGCUAUACCUGCGUCAAAUGCAGGCUGUCACAUGACGAUAAACUAUGAAUAAAAUUCUGUUUCUACA